GUCAUGAAGGUUGCCGGCAAUGCACUUCACGUUGCCAUCACUACGAAAUGACUACGGGCGCCACAAACACCCACAUCUAUACCGAGGAAACACUUGGUUGUGCGGCGUGGGUUGCCGUGUGCCAUGGACCUCAUGUAUAUAAUGAUGUUAAAUUGUCAAGUUAACUACUUCGAGAGCAACUCUGUCACUCCACAGUUUCAAGUGGCAUGACUGCAGACCUCUUUUCGACAUGUGAGAAAAUAGGACUGCCAAUGAAUCGCAACUUGGAGAGAAGUAAGAGAUGCUCUGAAAUGUUGAUGUAUGACACUGCUUAGUGACUCAAGUGGUCGCUUUCUGCCAGAAAAACUGAGAUAGUAACACCAUGGCUCACAUCUACGAGAGGGUCGUUCAGCUCAUAUCCCAAGACCCAACGACGAGACUGGAACGGGACAUCGAGUCGCUGAUCCCGUGGUUCCAGAACAUGAGCGGGCUUUUUAAGUCCCAGAAGACAGACGUGGUCAAGGACAUCGUGCGAAACUGUGAAUUUCGAUCCGUUCCGACAGACAACAUCAUCAUAAAGCAAGGAGACAAGGGCGAUUGUUUCUACAUCAUUCUGAGUGGUUCCGUGUCUAUCUACAUUAACCAAACCUUGGAGGAGCAAGGCAAUAUUCAGAACCCGAAUGACUUAGCGAAGGCCAAGAGGAAGGCCAAAACUCGCGGGAAUCGGAGCCGAUCCAACAGCAUCAAACCGAAGCCCGGCCUGCGCGGCCGGAGCAAAAGCCUCCACAAGCCCAGCAUCGCCCUGCGGUCCUCCUCACCCCAGACGCGGUCCAAAGGUCCAGAGAAGCAGGACAGUGAAACCGGAGAGGGUCCGUCGUCACCAGGCGAAUUGAAAAAUGGCAGCAACGCAGGAGCGAGCGACGGUGGGCUUAGGCCACCGGGCGGGAACAAGGCGCAGCGUAACGGUUCCACGAGGGAAUCACGGUCGCAUACCUGGGUGUCGACGUCGACAUACUCGGCGAAGGAGGCAAGCUUCUUCCAGAAGAAAGAGCAUGAAGAAGAUCAACUGGAGUCCAGUUCUUCAAGCGACGAGGAGAUGAUGAAAACGGAUUCGAGUGGAAAGUUAGACAGGACAAUAUUCGGAGUGCACAUCAGAGAACUCGGUCCAGGCAAAAGUUUCGGUGAGUUAGCUCUGGUCCAGACCAAUCUAAUCCGGAGCGCAUCAGUCAUUGCGGACCAGCCUACGGGGUUGAUCGUGGUGGACCGGGACCUGUACAACCGGUCCCUCAAGGCGGUUCAGCAGCAGGAAUUCGCGGGAAAGAAGAAAUUCGUCAACACCUUCCCGCUUUUCAGUCACUGGACACCGAGGCAGAGAAAUGUCAUGGCCAUGAGCCUGACAAGAGUCCGGUACCAGUUCGGCAACAGCAUCGUGAGACAAGGGGAUAAAGUCAGGGGACUCAUCUUCAUCACUUCCGGGCGGGCGGUGUUCUCCAUAGACCCUGUCCAACACAUCGAGCAAUAUCCGAACAUGUGCAGUCAGGAGGAUAUCAGAUAUGCAAAAGAAGUCAGGUUGGGAAAGAGAAGUCGGACCUCUUUCCCCGGCUCGUGCGACUACUGGUUGUCGGACCUGAGGAGACCAGGCCCCAACAAUCCUCGACGCAGGGACGGCUACGCAGCGGCGGAGAAAGAGGCCAACAAGAAAUCGGUGCCGCUGUGCGCUAUCGGCCAAUACGAUUACAUAGGUGAUAUCUCCGUUUUACUGCACCUGCCAACAUACGUCGCCACGGCAACCUGCUUGGAGCCUUUGGAGGCGCUGGAGCUAGAUCUGAACAACUUUGAGCGCCAGGUCUUCAAGAAGAGCCACUCGACUUACGUGACCAUGCGGGAGAUUGCGGAGCUGAGACUGUGGGCGAGAGUAGAUAGAUUACACGAGGAACAGGUCUACGAUCCUGUCUUCGAGACCAUGCUGGGUAAACUUCAGGAGCUGAACACCUCGCCGGCCAUGAAGGCGGCCUUGAGGAGGAAACAGGCCGAGGAGGAGGACCUGAUGGUGUCCCUCUUCACUCCCAGCUGGCACAUCUACCGGGAGAAGCAGCGACUGUUCCUCAGGAGACGCCGGAGGGAGAAGCGACUGCAGGAAAUGAGGAUGCAGCAGAUGGCCCACGCAGCCAGUCUCGGUAUGCAGCUAAAAUUACAGGGCAUGAGCACGCUCUCCGAACUCAAAACCGACGAGUCUAACCCGCCGUCCCAUCGCUCACACGAGGAUGCCUUGCCCGCCAGCUUGCGCGACAACGCCAUCCCGUCCUACUCCCUGCAGCCCAAGGCUGUCACGCCGCAGGGCCGGCAGCGCAGCAUGAGCGAUCGCUACGACCAUUACUACCUGCCCUCCUACUCGGGAGGCGCCCCGACCCGGGCGCCGUUGAUCACCACCGACAGCUUGCCACUGAUGAACGGACUGAAAGAAAGCAACGACGCCAAUGGCAAAGGUGACGGUGAAGGUGAAAACGGUGACAGUGGCAGAGGGUCCCAUGUCAUCUGGAGAGAUGACGUGAAAAGGCCCCGCUUCAAGUCCUGGAACGGACCGGUACGGCAGGACUCAGACGAAAACCACACCCUCCCCAAACUGACGGAGGAGAAAUCUCCAAACGGUCAACAAAGACUAAGACCUCAACAGGCUAACAGUCUGUUACCUCUUGGAAUAGGAACAACCCAAUAACUGAGGUUUCAAGUAAAGAUUUAAAGAAGUUGCUUUUCCGCACUUGACCGACAACCAAAAGACGUGUGAUGCUGAACCAAAAAGGCCUAAAUAGGCCCAAGGCUUUACCUGAGAGACCCAACAAGUAACCUGAAAAUGUACUACAGGAUGAAAUAAUCGAAUAGAAUUCUGUUUUGCGAUCGCAAAAAAUAUGGUGCUUCUGCUGUAGUCAUGCAGAUGACUAAAAUAAACUGGAACUUAGUAGUUUAUUAUAAGCUGUUUAAUAUCUCAGUUAAUUAAUGGCACAACGACUUGAUCUCUCAUAGAAAUUGCUUAAGAAACAGCGCAAUAUAGUCCUCAUUACUGAUGGUACAUUUUAGCAAAAUUUGGGAUCUGACUAUUCAAAUGACUUUUCCAAAGUUGAACCACGGGUCCCCACAAGGAAAACGUGUCUCCUGCUCAGGACUAUGAAUCUUGUGUCCUACAAAGUUCAAUGUCCCUGUUGGCAACAAAAGCAGUUUACGAAAUAAUGCAUCUACCUGUUUCAAGACUGUAAAUUUACGGAUGUCUGGCUUCCUGACCAGCAAUGCUAGACCUAAAGACGUAUUUGGGCUCAUCCAAUACCACCAACAGUGCCUAAUACAAUGUGCUUCAACUAGGAACGAGGCAUAAGAAAUCUGAAAUAAAAGGAAACUAAAUUUGCAAGCAUUUGUAUCCAACAAAGAAAGUGACUGAAGUGGAAUUCUGAGCCUUCGGCAUCUAACUUUAUACAAACCAACUGGCAAUCGACUGAGAAAGUCAACCGUUUUCUCGUUAAGGUUGAUAAAAACUUGAAUGCUCAAUAUUUAACAUGUCACUGUACGCACUGUGUAAUUUGGGUUCAGUUUUUAACACAUUCAAAAUGCCCCCCCUUUUUGACAGGCAUUUGUUUUUGGUCUUUAGUUGUGCACAAAAAAAUAUAUUGAGAAACAUUUUGUGGGUUUUGCAUUGUUUUGGAAGAUCUGAUUAAUUCAGGAAAACCGAAAACAUCUUGUAAAUAAAAAAAAGAUUCAGAUUA